GUUUUAUUGAAGCAGAUGAAGAAAAUGAAUUUAAUUUCCAUUUUAAAUGUAAUGAACAUGAAGAGCAUGAAGAACAUGAGGAGGUUGUUUUAAUUGACAAUGGUGAAAAUAGCAGAAGACAAUCUACAAGCAGUAGAGGAAAUAACAAUAGUAAUCAUUUUCCACCAUCACCACCUUUUUCUACAUUAGUGCAUAGAUACAAUUUGCAUAAUGCUAUUGUUAAAUUACCUCAUGGAUUAGAAUUAUUGUCAAAUUUGUCACCUAUUUCAAUUUUUAUGCUUUUUUUUACAAAUGAAAUUUUUAAUCAACUUGUUGAAAAUUCUAAUUCAUAUGCAAUUAAAAAGGGUGCUGGAACAGGGAGAGAUUGGUACCCAUUAAGUGUCCCUGAAUUGAAAAUUUGGAUGGCAUUGUUAAUAUACAUGGGUCUUUUUAAAUUUCCAUCUGUUGAUGAUUAUUGGAAUUUGAAUGACAG